AUGAGCAUGGAUGGGCAACAAGAACCACCAAAACAUAUAAAACUACCGAAAUCUCAAAUAACACCAGAAUUCAUAUCUAAGAUACGUAAAUUAAGAGAAAAAAAAAGAGCUGAAAAUGAGGAAAAUAAUCCUGAGUUUUUGAACUCUAAAUAUGAUUUCAUUAAAAGAGCUAUUUUGCAAUUACCUAAUGUAGAAGAACUGGAUAAUUCAGUAGAUCUUAAGAUAAUGACUUAUAACACAUUAUCACAGUCGUUAAUCAGACGGGAAAUAUAUCCCGACGCCCACGAUGCCAUUAAGUGGCAUGUGCGAUCCAAAGUGAUCCUUAAUGAAAUCAAAUAUUACAAUUGUGAUAUUAUGUGUUUCCAAGAGGUGGAUGUUAUUCAGUGGGACAAAUUUUGGUUGCCUGAACUCAGCAAAUUGGGAUACGAAGGAGAAUUUUAUAAGGACUUCAGGGGCCCAAAGGUCCAUGGUGUCGCAAUAUUCUGGAGAUCCAACCUCUUUGAACAAUUUGAUGUUAUCAAGAUUAAUUUUGAUGAUAUAGUUGCUGGUAAUGCAAUUUCAAAAACAACACGGACGUGGAAUGUUGGACUGAUCGUGGCUCUUAAAUUUAAAUCUUCUAACGCAAAGUUUAGGUCUGGAAUAGUAAUAGGUACAACACAUUUAUUCUGGCACCCAUUCGGCACUUUUGAGAGGACAAGACAACUAGCAAUACUCCUAAAAAAGUUUAGAAAGCUUAUCGAUAAUCUCAAUACCGAAUGUGGCCACAUUAAUGAAAUGUCAAAUCGUUGGUUGCCCAUUCUCACAGGGGAUUUCAACUCUCAGCCAUGCGAUAUGCCUUAUUUAUCAAUAACUAGCAAGCCAGUUAGCGCUUCUGGUGAGGCAAAAACAGUCAUUGAAUGUAGUACAGCAUAUAAAUUCUCAAGAAGAAGGAGUGGUAGUAUCAAUUCAUCGGAGGAGGUUGAUCAUAAUGAAGAGACCCAGAGUGAAAAGGAAGUGGAAGAAGAAGAGGACGAAGAAAGUAAUCCUAUAGACCCACGCCCUUCCCAUUUUGAAGCCACCUCGGAACAAAAAGACUUGAUUGCUAAAUUAGAGAAGGUACACAAUUCGAUCAACUUGAAGGCAACAUCUUUAUUCGGUAUUGCAUACAAAAAAGUCCACUCAAUAGGCCUGAAUUGCAAGAAUGAGCCAGAACUUUCUCAUACUUCUAUAUUUUGGACAGGAUUAUUAGACUACAUAUUCAUAUUAGAGCCCUGGAAUGAAGUUGAGAAAACUGACUGGGGAUCUUUGGAGGAUUUUGAGAAAAGAAUGUCACUCAGGGUUAAAGGUUUACUGAAAAUGCCUGAAAUGAAGGAACUCCCUAAAAACGUUCAACCUCAUCAGGGACAAUACCCAAGUGAUCAUUUGUCCAUGAUCUGUGAUUUGAAUGUUAGAAUAUAA